AUGUCCAAAGUUGUUGGUGAUGGACAAGCCGCUUAUGCGGAAGCGGGUAACGUGGUUGAACAGGCCAUUGGAGGAAUCAGAACAGUGGUGGCAUUCACGGGGGAGAAACAAGCGAUAGAAAAAUACAAUGAAAAGCUCGACAUUGCAUAUAAGACUACGGUUAAACAAGGGUUGAUCUCGGGUCUAGGGCUUGGGGUGACGUUGUUUGUGACCUUCUCUAGCUACGGUUUCGCGGUUUGGUACGGUGCCAAGCUGAUAAUAGAGAAAGGUUACGAUGGUGGUCAAGUCAUAAACGUGAUUUUUGCUGUCCUUUCUGGCGCAAUGUCAUUAGGACAGACAUCUCCUUGUCUUAAUGCUUUUGCGUCAGGACAAGCCGCAACUUUCAAAAUGUUCAAGACAAUCAAAAGGGAGCCAAAGAUUGAUGCUUAUGAUACAAGCGGUGUGGUCUUGGAUGAGAUUCGAGGUGACAUAGAACUGAGAGACGUGCACUUCACGUAUCCGGCUAGACCUGAAGUGCAGAUCUUCGCUGGAUUCUCCUUGUUUAUACAGAGCGGCACAACUGUGGCUCUAGUGGGACAGAGCGGGAGCGGUAAAUCGACAGUGAUCGGUCUUAUUGAAAGAUUCUAUGAUCCUGAGUCAGGGGAGGUGCUACUAGACGGCCAUGAUUUGAAGAAGCUUAAACUGAAAUGGAUCAGAAGCAAGAUCGGUCUUGUUAGCCAAGAACCAACACUCUUCGAAACCACAAUCAGAGAGAACAUUGCUUAUGGUAAAGAAAACGCAACUGAUCAUGAGAUUAGAACUGCGACCGAGCUCGCUAAUGCAUCUAAAUUCAUUGAUACUUUCCCAGAGUGCUUAGACGCAAUGGUAGGAGAGAAGGGGACACAAUUGUCUGGCGGACAGAAACAGAGGAUUGCGAUCGCAAGAGCGAUACUGAAAAACCCUAAAAUACUUCUUCUAGAUGAAGCUACAUGCGCUUUAGAUGCAGAGUCCGAACAUAUUUUUCAAGAUGCGUUAGUGAAGCUAAUGGCUAAUCGAACCACCGUUGUGGUGGCUCACCGGCUAACCACCAUAAGAUCAGCAAACAUGAUAGCUGUUGUGCACCAAGGCAAAAUCGUUGAAAAAGGAACUCACGAGGAGAUGAUUCAAGAUCCAGAUGGAGCUUAUUCACAGCUUGUCCGCUUACAAGAAGGAUCAAAAGAAGGAGGAAACAUAAAAGAACCAGAGAAAUGUGAAUCUUUUCGAGAUAUCAUUGAUCUAAACGAAAGCCAAAGCCGGAAGAAGGUGUCGUUGAGACGGCUUGCUCACCUCAACAAGGCAGAGACUCCUGUUCUAUUGCUUGGUUCAGUGGCUGCAAUGGUUCAUGGCACUAUGUACCCGAUCUUUGGUUAUCUACUAUCAAGCUCCAUCACCAUGUUAUUUGAGACUCCCGAUGAGUUAAAGAAAGAUGCGCAUUACUGGUCGCUCAUUUACGUUUUGAUCGGUUUCGUUAAUUUGGUAGCAGUUCCGAUUCAGAACUAUUUCUUUGGUAUUGCUGGUGGAAAACUAAUCAGACGCAUCCGGUCCAUGACAUUUGACAAAGUCUUGCACCAAGAAAUUAGUUGGUUCGAUGAUUCCGCCAAUUCCAGCGGUGCGAUUGGAGCAAGAUUGUCCACGGAUGCAUCUUCGGUGAAAAGUCUAGUUGGUGAUGCGUUGGCUUUGAUCGUGGAAAGUCUAACGAAUGUUGCGGCUGGUUUGAUAAUAGCGUUUGUGGCUAAUUGG